UAACUGUGUGAUUAAAACAGUGAUUAAUUGCGAUUACUUUUUUUUUUAGUUAAUUGUGUGAGUUAACUGGGAUUAAUCGACAGCCCUAAUAGCUAUCCGCUAUUUUGCCAGUUUUUCCACCCUUUGUAGACACAUCUGGAUUUAAAUCCCCAACUCUUGUUACAGCAUUUAUACUGUACACUUCCUACCUCUGACCCUGAUAAGGUAGCUGGUUUUGUUUGUUUGUUUGUUUUUAAGUAGGUCGCAGAGCUUUAUAGUGCCAGCUACUGCUGUUUGCUGGUGCUGAUCAGCCUGCCUCAGGAAUGACACCUUCCCAUCCUUGCCCCUGGGAACUUAGGAGGCAGGCUUGUCAGCGGAGGCAAUGGGGAAGUGAACAGGUAUGUGGGGGGACAGGAAGGUAAAGUAUGGGAAGAGAAAAGAGGGGCGAUUAUUAUUUUCCUUACUUUAAGCCCAUAUACCUGCAAGGGCUUGCUUGGAAAGGGAAAUCCCUGAGUGCUAAGCCAUAGCAGGAGGGCUCUCCAGUUACAUAGCCCCACUGAUCCUUUGGUCCUCAUACACCAGGCCAGGCUAUGGUCUGAGUGCAGUGCUCAAAUAGUAGUGAUGGUGUGAGGCGCUAGGGCAGCACUGGGCUGUGUUGAAGGAGAAUCCAAUUUUUCUGCUGCUACGGCUCACAGCACAGGAAAUAUUCUUGUUGAGCACAUGCAGAUCGGUUAGGUUGAGAAUGUAGGCAAAUGCUAAUGCUCCACUGUCAUCCCUCCCUCUCCUGCCUGCUUUUGCUCAUUCCUCUUGUGAACUGAGAGAGCAGAGGCAGCAUUGCUGUGAGGAAUGGCAUCUUUGUGCCAAGAGACUGGCACUUCAAGCAUUCUCUGUACUGCUGCUAAAGAUUUCUGCAGCAAUUAAUUGCAAUUAACAGUCUGGGAAGUUGCCAGAUAAGCUACCGUUAAUAUUAAUGCCAUUGUUAAUUUAUGCACCUUAUCACUCAGACAUAAAACCCAAAGACUCCCCAACUUCACAGCAGACUCCUGUUCAAAGUUAGAAUAUUACCAACCACAAUGCACACAUCCAGUUCCUCAUUGCCAAGCUCAAAUGCACAAGAUGAAUUUUGACCUCAGUGCUGGAUUAAGAUAUAUUACCUGUAGGCAUAAAAGUAGGGCUAAAGUCUAUAAUGUAUUUACACAUGGAAAAAGUAUGAGGUUAGACACAGAGCUCAGGUUAUGUAUUGUGAGAUUGCACAUAUCUACUUCUUCACGUGCUGGCUAGUUGCCUGAAAGGGAGUUUGUUAUGGAGCAGAGGUUUCACUGGAUUUAGGUGAUAAGGUGUGAGUUAAGGGUUUCGUAUCUUGAUUUAACUACCGCCUCUCUGGAUUUUUAGUGGCUGUUUUUACAGAAAAUGCAUUUGAGGAGUUUUAACUAAAUAUUGUAGAUUGGCCACAAAUCUUGAGCACUCUCAUAGACUUAUAGAAUUUAAGGUCAGAAGGGACCAUCAUGAUCAUCUAGUCUGACCUCCUGCACGUUGCAGGCCACAGAAUCUUACCCAUCCACUCCUAUAAUAGACCCCUAACCGCUGGUUUAGUUACUGCUAUCAUUACUGCAAUGUGACUAGAGCUUGGGUGGACUGCAGCAGUCAUUCUGCAGCAGCACCCUGUCUCAGCUUUUCUUUUAGGAAGGGAAGAAUAACUUUUCCAACCAUUAAUAGAGGUGCAAUUGUAUUUAAGUAGGUAGAAUAUGAUUACCCACUUUGGGCUAGAACCAGCUUGCGGCCUUUAAUCCACCUGUACUCUUUACAGAAAGUCCAUAGGAUCUAAUUCCAAAUGCUAAGGAGUUUUGUGUGUCACCUAAAAAAGGUAAUGUACAGCUCACUAAAACCAUGUUGGACCUCUAUUGGUAUAUGACUGAAGAGGGGAAGAACACCACUUUAAAUCUUGAGCUCCUCUUGCAGCCUGUGGGCUUUCUUGUCAUGUACUCAGCAGGCCUAAACCUUCUUUGCUUAUGAGCUCCACCAGUGUCAGAGGCCAAGGCAGGAUGGCUGAAGGCAAUACAUAAUUUUAAAAAGUCACAUGAAAUAAAACCCUGUCAAACGUCACUCAUCCUAGCCAUGUUCUUGCAGUUUCUCCAGUUAAUGGGAGUCUCCUCUCCCCACAGCAUCAUGGCAGAUGACUGGAGCUAAAGAACAAUACCCUUGAAUCUAAGGUGAACUCCUGGGGAAGUAAAUUCUAGGGUUUUCAGGUUUUGCGUUACUAUUAUUUAUUGUAUUGUGGUAGGAUCUAGGAGCCCCAUCUGUGGAUCAGGACCUCAUUGUGCUAAGUGCUGCCCAAGCCUAGAACAAAGAUAGUUUCUGCCCUCAAGAGUUUACAAUCUAAGGGAAUAAAUACUAGUAUUAAUAAACCUACAUUUCUCCAUAUGCCUUUUUGGUGACAAUUAAGACUGUGUGUUCUUUCCUUGGAUGCAGGGAUUGUCAUUCACAUAUUCUUAUUUUUGGCACAGUUUGGCCCCUUUUCUUCAUGAUCUCAGAUAAAUACAGGGCCUGCUUUUCCGAAGAGUGGAGAACCCAUGUAACCCAAACUGUGAUUUUGAGCCCCUACCGCUCCCAUUCAUUUCAAUCAGAGUGUUUUGGUAUCUUUCAUAAAAGUGUGGUAUUUAAAUGUGGAUUUUCUGCCCUGCCUUGUUUGAUUUCUCAAAAUAUCAUUAGUCAUCCAGGGGCCUUCUGAUAAACUUGGGUACAAAGGAGCUGGUUCCCAUAGUAGAGUUGAUGGUUCAAUGUGAAUGGCACUUAAGGCUCUGCUGGAACAAAUUCAGUCCCUGUGGUUGAGUUGCACAUUUCCACACACCUCCUGCUCCUCAGUAUGUAAUCUACAUUCGACCGACAGAAAUGCUGAACGGCCACUGAGAAAAGAUCAACUGGGUACCUACCUUACUCUGUUUUAGUUCCAUCUCCCUCUAUAUUUCUCUUUGACUCCUACCACUAUAGUAUCUAAAUGCCCCAUCACACCUCAGUAAGACAGAAGAGCAGUACAGUCCCUGUUUUACAGAUGGGGAGCCGGAGCCAAACCACUACAGGGAGAGGUGACUUUCCUAAGGGCAAGGUGGGUGAGAUAACAUCUUUGAUUAGACCAACUUCUGUUGAGGAGAGAGACAAGCCUUUGAGUUUACACAGAUCUCUUCUUCACUGCCUUUCCCAAGAUCAGGCAGGAUUCCCGGGGCCCGGGGAGUGGAGGAAGCAGAACCCAACCUCUUCCUUAACAAGCCUACCCUUCUCCGAUUGUGGCCAUAUACGAUGCCUGUCACCAUAGUACUGUAUCAGAAGCCCUCCUGAACACUGGUUCCCAACCAAGCGGUUCUCCGAGCCCCCCUCCGCUUCUGCUCUAAGUGCUUUAAACCAGCCUGGGGCUCGGCCUGGCCAGACUAGGAUUGGAGGACUAGCCGGAGCUAGGGGUGGGUUAGAGCGUGCGCAGCAGCUGAAUGGGAAGGGGGUGGCUGGCACAGCCCAGGGUUUAGCCUGGCCCUGGGCCGAGGAGGGCCAAUGAGCGGGCAGGGAGGACGCAGAGCGAGAGGGGACUGGAGCACCCGGGCCCACCACCACCUACCAUUUGCAGCUGGCUGCGCUGCCAGGUGGGGGAGUGGCCGCCGGCCCCGCCUGCCCGGCAAGGGGAAGGGGCGGGGCCCGGGGAGCUCUGAGAGCUUCGCUCGCCUCUGGCAGCCGCCGCCUGCAUCGGAGCGGCUGGGUCUGAGAGCGUGACGGCCACGUUUAAGCUUUGUGGUCGACAAUGAACGCUAGUGGCCCUGGAUAUCCAUUAGCUUCUUUGUAUGUGGGAGAUCUUCACCCAGAUGUGACCGAAGCCAUGCUGUAUGAGAAGUUCUCACCUGCUGGACCGAUCAUGUCCAUCAGAGUUUGUCGGGAUGUUGCCACACGUCGAUCGCUCGGUUAUGCCUACAUAAAUUUUCAGCAGCCCGCUGAUGCUGAGAGGGCUUUGGACACCAUGAAUUUUGAAGUGAUCAAAGGUCGGCCCAUUCGAAUCAUGUGGUCCCAGCGAGACCCUGGCCUCAGGAAAUCAGGGGUUGGGAAUGUCUUUAUCAAGAAUCUGGACGACUCCAUUGACAACAAAGCCUUGUACGAUACGUUCUCAGCCUUUGGGAAUAUCCUUUCUUGCAAGGUGGUUUGUGAUGAGAACGGAUCCCGCGGUUAUGGCUUCGUUCACUUUGAGACUCAUGAGGCAGCGAAUCGGGCCAUUGACACCAUGAACGGGAUGUUGCUCAAUGACCGCAAGGUCUUUGUCGGCCAUUUUAAAUCCCGCAGAGAGCGGGAGGCAGAAUUUGGGGCACGGGCGAUGGAAUUCACCAAUGUCUUUAUCAAGAACUUUGGGGAUGAUAUGGAUGAUGACCGACUGCGGGAAAUAUUCUCCAAGUUUGGGAAGACGCUGAGCGUCAGAGUUAUGAUGGACGACACUGGUCGCUCGAAAGGGUUUGGGUUUGUCAACUUUGAGAAGCACGAAGAAGCCCAGAAGGCUGUGGCAGACAUGAACGGGAAGCAGAUCAAUGGCCGGGUGGUGUACGUUGGCCGAGCUCAGAAGAGGAUGGAGCGUCAGAGUGAACUGAAGCGUAAAUUUGAACAGAUCAAACAGGAAAGAGUGAGCAGAUACCAGGGGGUAAAUUUAUAUGUGAAGAACCUGGAUGAUGGUAUUGAUGAUGAGCGGCUGAGGAAGGAGUUCUCUCCAUAUGGUACCAUUACUAGUGCAAAGGUGAUGACAGAGGGUGGACACAGCAAAGGGUUUGGGUUUGUAUGUUUUUCCUCCCCAGAAGAGGCUACCAAGGCCGUGACGGAAAUGAAUGGACGGAUCGUCAGCACCAAGCCUUUGUAUGUUGCCCUCGCUCAAAGAAAGGAGGAAAGAAAAGCGAUUCUCACCAACCAGUAUAUGCAGAGACUGGCCACCAUGAGGGCCCUGCCUGGCCCUCUCCUUGGCUCCUUCCAGGCACCCACGGGGUACUUCUUGCCUGCCAUCCCACAGCCACAAACCAGAGCUACUUUCUACAGUCCUAGCCCAGUUGCCCCAGUCCGUCCUGCCCCUCGGUGGAGCGCGCAGCCCUCCAGGCCUCCCUCCGCCUACCACACGGCUACCCCAAUCCUGAGGGCUGCAGCUCCACCCAGGCGCCUGCUAUCCAACAUCAGCACCAUGAGACAGGCAUCUACCCAGGUGCCCCGAGUGCCACCGCAUGCCCAGAGAGUGGCCAACAUAGGGACCCAGACGCUUGGUGCGCGUGCACCCACCUCACCAUCCCUGCCGCGGGGCGUGCCACAGUAUAAGUACUCCUCAGCAGUGAGGAACAUCCAGCCGAUGGGAAGCGUGGCACCUAUGCUGGUACAACAGGCUGGAGAACCUGCUGUUCAUAUUCAUGGGCAGGAGCCUCUGACUGCAUCCAUGCUCGCUGCAGCUCCUCCUCAGGAGCAGAAGCAAAUGCUAGGUGAACGCCUUUACCCCCUAAUCCAUGCCAUGCACGCCUCCUUGGCUGGGAAGAUCACAGGAAUGCUGCUGGAGAUUGAUAACUCGGAGCUGCUGCUUAUGCUGGAAUCGCCAGAAUCCCUCCACUCCAAGAUCGAGGAAGCGGUUGCAGUGCUCCAAGCACACCAGGCUACCGAAUCAUCGCUUAACAGCAGUGCUGCAACAUUCCUCCUAUGAGACCCAGGUAGGUGUGGAAGGCUGUGCGGAAGCUGGUCUCGUGGCAGGGUAUAAUGUGGAGAAGGGUCCCUUUCUGCCUGGAAUGUUAGCACCAGAGAAGUCUUGUCAAGAUCAGUCAAGUUGGACUUGGGAAAGCAAUGGGUGUGUUUUAUUUGUCUUGGACCCUUACUUCAAGCUUAAUUCCUUUAUAUGAACCAAUGCCUCCUGCUAUUUUCCAAAACUUGAUGAUUGUACCGGAGAAAAAUUAAUGCUAAGCAGUUAAUUUCAAUGUAAAUCUGGGGAGGCAACUUGGAGGUGAAAAAUAAAGCAAUCUGGCUUUUCUUGUAGCCCUCAUGGAAUCUGAUGCAAUCAUUCCUGAUGCCUUUACAUGGGAUCGCAGUAUAGCUUAACCCAGUGGUUCUCAAACUUCAUUGCUCCGUGACCCACUUCUGACAGAAAAAAUUACUACACGACCCCAGGAGGGGGGACUGAAGCCAGUGUCUGCCCGAGUCCCACCACCUCAGGCAGAGGGACAAAGCAACACCCAAGAGCUUCAGCCCCGGAGUCUGUAACUUGAACCCCACCACUCAGGGUUGAAGCCCUUGGGCGGUGGGGCUCAGGCUUCAGCUUUUGCCCCAGCAAGUCGAAUGCCACCCUGGUGACCCCAUUAAAAUGGGGUCUUGGCCCACUUAGGGGUCCUGACCACAGUUUGAGAACCGCUGGCUUAACCUAUUAUUCUCCUUAGAAUCUUAGAGCCUCUAAUCUGGAUCUAUUAGCAGUGAUCAUGCCCCAUCCCAGUACAACUCCAGCAGAAGCGUCCAGCCUCCCUGUUUGGUAACCGAAAACAAAUGUGCAGAACUUCUAGGCACCCCUUUGUAAGAUAAAGUUUGGUCAUGCAGUUUGCUUGCUCUCACUGGUCACUUAAUUCAAGUUCAGUAUUGGUAUGUGAACUCUAGGCUAACUUAGACUGAGCUUUUGUGUCUGACAUGUCUAAAGUGUAUAU